AUGUCAGCUAAUCUGUUUAAACUCACCGUCAAUGAGCAUUUGGAAGGGCUUCCUAAGGUGAUUCAAUCUAAAUUAUAUGAUGCACCAGCAACAUGUUUGUCGAUUUUUCGUUUACUUCCCCCUCUCGCUAAAUUUUACAUUGUGAGUAUGGUUUUCACAGACAAGCCUGUUGCCGUUAAAGAUCUAGAAAAAUGGUGCCAACCUCAAGCUCGCAAACUUCAGUAUGAGUCUUUCAAGCGUCUCCGCGCUUUGCAUUUGAUAGAGGAAGACCAGAGCGGAACUCAUGUUCGCCUACAUCAAACUUUCAGAAACAACUUCAGAGACUGUUUGACAGGUUCACAGGCCCCCAAUGCAUUCGGUAUAAUUGUACCUGGCUCGGACAAGCAUCCAAUAGAUGUGAAGUUCCUCGAUCAAUUUGCAUCGCAGAAGUGGGAAACAAUUUUGCAUUUUAUGGUGGGAACGGAACUCCCGACUGUGCCUUCCAAGUCUGUACUCUCGCUUUUGAAACUGGGGGGCCUCAUGGAAGGGCAUGGUACGAGCGCGUAUAGUCUCAAGAUUACGAACAGUGGCUUUCAGUUCUUGUUGCAGGAUGUCAACGUACAGAUAUGGACUCUAUUGUUGGAGUACCUUAAUUUGACGCAAGAAUUAAAUAUGGAUCCCGUCGAUGUCUUGAAUUUCAUUUUCAUCCUAGGAUCGCUAGAGUUAGGCAAAGCAUAUGCGGUCUCUAGUUUAAGUGAUACUCAACUUAGUAUGUUGCCAGAUCUAAGAGACUAUGGGCUCGUCUAUCAACGAUCGGAAAAUUCUACGAGAUUCUUCCCAACGAGAUUGGCCACUACGUUAACUUCAGAGUCCACGGGAUUGAAAACUCCGUCGAUGGCUUUAAAUCAAACCUUGGAAGACCCUGGAGCGAAGGACCAGGAACAUGUCACCUCAGAGGCUGGUGAAUCUCAGCUGGGUCAGAUUAUUUUGGAAACGAACUUCAAGCUUUAUGCAUAUACAAACUCACCUCUAGAGAUUGCUAUAUUAAAUUUGUUUGUGAAUUUGAAAGUACGUUUCGCCAAUAUGGUUAUUGGUCAAAUUACAAGAGAGUCUAUCAGGAAAGCACUUUAUAAUGGAAUCACUGCAGACCAGAUAAUCAAGUUUCUCGAGACUCAUGCCCAUUCCCAGAUGAGAACUUCUGCAAAGGAGAAAUUGGAUAAGAAAAUUGAAUUUGAUGCCAGCCAUAAUAUAAACACAGCCGGUGGAGCACCACAAUCCAAGUCUUCUGACUCCGGUGUCGCUCAGCAUCGUUUGGAAAUCCUUCCCCCAAAUGUGGUAGAUCAAAUAAAACUUUGGCAGUUGGAGUUAGACCGAAUUCAGACAUUUGAGGGGUAUCUUUUUAAGGACUUCAAAAAUCAGAAUGAGUAUGAUGUUUUAUGCAAUUAUGCUACAGAAGUUGGUGUGCUUCUUUGGUCAGAUAAGACAAAAUUGCGCUUUUUCGUUACAGCAGAAGGAAUGCACCAGGUGGCCGACUUCGCUAGUCGUAAAUUUCGGUGA